UUGCUUUAAUCUCUCUCACACACAUGUAUAAAAUGAAUAUUUUCUCUUCUGUUUUUUUUUUUUUUCAUAAGAAAGAAAAGACAAGAAUUAAAUCCAUCAUCUAUAUAAAAAUGAAACCAAUGCAGGGCAAUGAUGAUGAAUCUUGAUUUGAUCUUCUUCUCGAAAACCUCAUUGCUUCUGCUUCUUCUCUUCGAUUUCCAUAUUUACACUUCAUAAUAUCUCUUCACCCACUUCUCUUCUUCCCCAUUUAUAACUCACAAAUAUAAACAUUUAUAUAUUUUGGGCUAGCUAUAGUAAUUCUCUAAUAUCUCUUUCCAUUUUCUUGAAAUGGUCCUCCUCUCACCUUAACUUUAAUAAGAAUCUGACCUCCUCUCAGUUUCCAAUUUCUUCACUUUCUCGUUCUUUGGACACUGAAUGUGAUACAUAUAUACAAGAAGAAAGCUUUAAAAGAUCGAUCGAUGGAGGUUGUUGUUCUUGCAUCCAAGAGAAGUCUUCUUCUUUUUCUUCUUAUUGUAAGUCUCUCUUUGAGCCAGAAGGUCAUACAUAUCUCUGCCUUUAACGACAGCAAACCAUACAGACAAGUCAGUAGCUUGAGACUUGCGAGGAUCCAAAAGCACUUGAACAGGAUCAACAAGUCUCCUGUCUUCACCAUUCAGAGUCCAGAUGGUGAUGUAAUAGAUUGUGUACCCAAAAUAAAGCAGCCAGCUUUGGAUCAUCCACUCUUAAAGCAUCACAAGAUUCAGAAAGCACCGAAGAAAAUGCCGAAGAUGAAGGAAAAAGAUGGUGAUGUUAAAGAAGCAGAGAAUGUAUUGGAAGGUGCAUGGCAAAUGUGGCACGUGAACGGCACGAGGUGUCCUAAGGGGACGGUUCCCAUACGACGCAACACAAUGAACGAUGUGCUCAGAGCCAAGUCUUUGUUUGACUUUGGCAAAAAGCGACGGAGUAUUGACCUUGAUCGACAGACAGAGAAGCCUGAUGCACUCGGCACUAAUGGACAUGAGCAUGCGAUCGCGUAUACGGAAACAUCGUCGGAGAUAUAUGGAGCAAAGGCGACGAUAAACGUUUGGGAUCCAAAGAUAGAAGAAGUGAAUGAGUUUAGUCUCUCUCAGAUUUGGAUUCUCUCUGGAUCUUUCGUCGGUCCUGAUCUCAAUAGUAUAGAAGCUGGCUGGCAGGUCAGUCCGGAGCUGUAUGGUGACAACAGACCAAGAUUGUUCACUUAUUGGACGAGUGAUUCAUAUCAAGCAACAGGAUGUUACAAUCUUCUAUGUUCUGGAUUUAUCCAAACAAAUAACAAGAUUGCCAUUGGAGCAGCCAUUUCUCCUCUUUCUACUUUCAAAGGAAACCAAUUUGAUAUCACAAUACUCAUUUGGAAGGAUCCGAAAAUGGGGAAUUGGUGGAUGGGUUUAGGGGACAGCACACUAGUGGGGUAUUGGCCAGCCGAGCUAUUCACCCACUUAGCCGACCACGCGACUACCGUGGAAUGGGGCGGUGAGGUUGUGAACACACGAGCUUCAGGCCGGCACACGACAACCCAAAUGGGUUCUGGUCAUUUUCCAGACGAAGGGUUUGGAAAAGCAAGUUACUUUCGGAAUUUGGAAGUUGUAGAUUCAGACAACAGUCUCGUACCGGUGCGUGAUGUCAAGAUAUUAGCCGAGAACACCGAAUGUUACGACAUUAAGAGUUCGCAUAGUAAUGAAUGGGGAACUUAUUUUUACUAUGGUGGGCCGGGGUUUAAUCCUAGGUGUAAUUGAAAUUUAAAGUGUAUAUAGUUGGGGGUUGGAGGAGUGGAGAAAAAAAAAAAGGGGUCGAAUAUGUAAUUUUUUCAAUUAUGGGUAGUGAAAAUUGAAUAUUGGCUUAUUGUUUUUGAUUUGUCGUUGUUGGUUUAAAUCUAGUAAUUUAUUGCACUCAUAGAAAAAAGAAGUGUGUAUGCAAUAAUGAAAGUAUGAGAUAAAUUUUCUUUUUGCUU